GGGUUGGGGUAGGGGAGUAGCAAGUGGAACAGGAGCAGUUCGGUUUGAUUCUACCAGUUUGUUUUUAACAGCCUGGGCGUGAAUUGGCGUGGGGCUUUGUGAUUCCCCCUCCACUGGCCGUGGCGACUGAGCCCCACUGUUUCGCAAUCCGCCCGGCGGCACAAUGACCUCAUCUUCCGCCAGCGUUGUAUAUAAGCACGGGCCCGCAACGUUCCCAGUCAUCGCUCCAAGUCCAGCUGAGGCGAGAUCAAGCAAGCUCCACGAUGAGGCUCAUGAUUGCAGUCGUUCUCGGUGGUUGCCUCGUGGCAACAGCUAGCGCCGGAUCACUUGGCGGUUUCGGCGGAGGUGGCUUCGGUGGUGGUGGCUUCGGCGGUGGUGGCUUCGGCGGAGGUGGCCACGGUGGUGGUGGCUACGGUGGAGGUGGCUACGGCGGUGGCGGCUUCGGUGGAGGCGGCUUCGGUGGAGGCGGCGGCAUCGCCAAGAUCAUCGUCAUCAGGACAGGCGGUGGAGGCGGCUACGGAGGAGGUGGAUUCGGAGGUGGUGGCCAUGGCGGCGGUGGAUUUGGCGGCUUCGGAGGGGGUGGAUUCGGAGGUGGUGGCUACGGAGGCGGCGGAGGCCACGGAGGAUGGUGGUGAUCUCUCAAAGCAGGUUCGCAGACAACCACUCCCAGUCAGAAGACACGCCAGACGAACAGCGCCCGCGUGUAUUCACGGACAACGCGCAUGGCAUGGCGCUGGAUUCAGCAAGCGCUGACACAUGGGCCCACAUCAGAAAACUGGGAGAACCAAAAACGAAACAAAAAAGAAAUGCCUCUACGUCACGCGUGUCAAUCCCUCACCAACAUCCCUGUAAUAAAAUCCCUCUCCACAACCCAAAA